AUGUCUAUAAAGAAACUCAGCAUCAGCACAAUGGCUGAGUCGGUCCAUUCCCCCACAUACGAUGUCGAAUCGGUCUCUCCGACUACAGCAUGUCCUCCCCGUAAACAGGCUCUUUCGCCGCCUCGACGGAACAUCUUCGCACGAAUUGCCGAUAGCUUUCUCCCACAUCCUUCAUUAUACGACCGGGAGAAUAGCACAAUUCGCAAAUUGGGUGGUGGAUAUGAUGUCGAAGCUGCAAAUUUCAAUGUCGCGGGGUCACCGCUCGCGAGGAAGCUGAAGGGAAGGCAUUUGCAAAUGAUUGCUAUUGGUGGUUCCAUCGGCAGUGGGUUGUUUGUUGGAAGUGGCGUCGCUUUAGCGACAGGUGGACCCGGUGCGCUGCUAUUAGCGUAUUUACUGAUAGGAAGUAUGCUUUACUGUACUAUUCAUGCUCUGGGGGAGUUGAGCAUUGUAUUCCCGGUAGCAGGGUCAUUUGCGGUUUAUAGUUCGAGAUUCUUGGACCCUGCGUGGGGAUUCGCUAUGGGAUGGAAUUAUGCGAUUACCUGGCUGGUAACAAUACCCCUCGAAGUUAUUGCCGCGACACUGGCGUUGGAUUAUUGGGGAACGAGUAUACCUAUCGCCGUCUGGGUGACGUUAUUUUUCGUUAUCAUUAUCGGACUUAACCUCUUCGGCGUCAAAGGCUAUGGAGAAGGUGAAUUUGUCUUCUCCAUAGUCAAAGUUGUCGCCGUUAUUUCGUUUAUAAUUCUAGGCGUCAUUCUGAACAUUGCCGGUGGGCCUGGUGGAUCCUAUAUUGGAGGCAGCUUCUGGCACGUACCUGGCGCUUUUGCAAACGGCUUCAAAGGACUUUGUAGUGUUUUCGCAAAUGCCGCCUUUUCGUUUUCUGGCACAGAACUCGUAGGCAUGGCCGCGGCGGAGACAGCGAAUCCAAGAAAGUCUUUACCAAAAGCAGUCAAACAAGUCUUCUGGCGUAUAACUCUCUUCUACCUUGUCUCCCUCACCCUUGUUGGUGUUAUCGUCCCAUAUGACGAUCCUCGUCUUCUCGGUACUAGUAACGUCGACGCCCGCGCUUCUCCCUUUGUCAUCGCAAUCCUCAAUGCAGGCAUCACGGUUCUCCCAGAUAUCAUGAACGUUGUCAUCAUGGUUGCGGUUCUUAGUGUCGGAAAUUCUGCAGUAUUCGGCGCCUCUCGUACCCUCGUUUCUCUUGCCGAGCAAGGCCAAGCACCCAAGGUAUUCGCAUACAUCGAUCGAAAGGGUAGACCUAUGGCGGGUAUUGCGCUUGCCGCAGUAUUUGGCCUCUUGAGUUAUAUCGGCAUUGCCUCGCCUAAGAUUCAGAACUAUAUCUUUAAGUGGCUAUUGGCAGUUUGUGGGCUGUCCGUGAUAUUCACAUGGACUUCCAUCUGCGUUUGUCAUAUUCGAUUUAGGAAAGCGUGGAGGCUCCACGGACAUAGCAUCAAAGAGCUUGCGUUCACCUCACAAGCGGGUGUCUUUGGAUCUUAUUGUGGCGUUGUUUUGAAUGUGCUGGUAUUGUGCACGCAAUUGUGGAUUUCGAUAUCCCCCCUGGGCAAGAAGGCGAGCGCAGAAAGCUUUUUUUCGACUUAUCUGUGUGUUCCCGUGGUUUUACUAUGUUACGCGUCGUAUAAGAUCUGGUUUCGAACGAAGUGGGUCAAGUUGGAAGAGAUUGAUCUUGUUACCGGACGAAGGGAGUUAGAUCUCGCUGCUUUACUUGCUGACGAGCGGGAAGAAAGAGCGUCGUGGCCUACUUGGAAGAAGAUAUAUAAGUUAUUUUGUUAA